AUGCCAGUCGUAAAGGCCAAGUUCAUAUUCCAGGUUACGGAAAAUUUGGAACUUGAAGUGCGUGCAGACAGCGUUCAACCGGCUCGACUCAUUCUUCCCAUCACUAUCAUCCCAACAGAUACAGAAGUUCAUGAACAACAGAAGGAGAAGGAAAUGCGAAAAGAUGUGAAAGAGGAGACGCAGAUCGAAGCACCUCGCUUACCAGCUAUCAGCGAUCAGCUUCCAGUAUGUCCUCGCAUAUAUGCGAUUCAGUUGUACCUGCAUGUGGUAACUGUUUCCUUACUAAGAUAUUAUGUUAUUUCGAACGAUGAAACCUAUCAUUCAGGUAAUCAUACUUAUAACCAUUCUUGGCCUCACAGUUUGCGUAUUGUUAUGUCGUCGAAGGCCGAAAAAGAAGCCUACACCAGCACCGUCAACACCGCAACUGCCCUCCACUCCAAGAACGUCACUUCCGGAAAAGCCGGAUUUGUUAGGUCAGAGUUUUUGGUUGUUGUGCCAAAUACGCCCCUGAUUUGGGAAAGCUCUGAGGAAUGA